AUGGGCUCCAUCUCUGGCUGGAAACGCUUGAACGUCGCCGUCGUUGGCGGGGGCAUCGGCGGUUUAGCCGCUGCUAUAGCUCUCCGUCGCGCUGGCCAUGAGGUGACCAUCUACGAAAGGCACGACUAUGCCGGUGAGGUUGGCGCGUCGAUCUCCUGUGCUGCCAACGGCACCCGUUGGCUGCAUGAAUGGGGCGUCGACAUCCCCAAGGGCGACCCCGUCGUGCUGAAGAAGCUCAUCAACCGGGACUGGAAGACGGGUGAGCCGGUCAGCGUUUACGAUCUUGAUGACUACGAGGAGCGCUGGGGAUACGUUUACAACAUGUUUCACCGGCAGUACAUGCACGCGAUGCUCAAGGACUGCGCGCUGCAGGAGGAAGGCAAGGGGGUGCCUGUCAAGCUGCUGGUUAACCACUCUAAAAUCGACCUCGAGUCCGGCGUGGUCACCUUCGAGAACGGCGUGACAGCCCAGCACGACCUCAUCGUCGGCGCCGACGGUAUCGGAUCCGCUGCCCGCCGCAUUAUCGGCCUCAACCCCGAGAAGAAGGCUGCUCCCUCAAGCUGCCUGCAUGCAAACGUCAUGACCGAAGAUGCCGUCCGUCUUGGUCUUGUCGACUACUCCAAGGACUCUGCCCUCGAGUACUGGGGUGGCCAGGAAGGCAAAUGGGACAAAAUCGUCCUGUCCCCUUGCAACGGCGGAAAACUUCUCUCGUACUACUGCUUUUUCCCCCGUGAAGUGGGCGACUACACGUCGCACACCUGGGGCGGCGAAGACCGCCCUGUUGAGGAGCUGCUCGCACCAUACCCAGAACUGGACAAGCAGGUCAAGGAUCAUCUGGCCAUUGGCAUUGAAGUCCGGCCGUGGCGUCUGUGGGUCCACCAACCAUACGAAUACAUCAGCAAGAACCUGGUCUGCCUGCUCGGCGACGCAGGACACCCGCUGUGCUCCCAGAUGAUGCCCCAUCAAAGCCAAGGCGCGUGCAUGGCCAUCGAAGAUGCCGCUGCUCUAGGCAUAUUAUUCAAUGAGACGUACUUCUCUGGCGACGUCGCUGAGACCCUGCAGCUCUACCAAGAGAUUCGACUGCCCCGAGCGACAAAAGUCCAAGCCGCUUCCGCAAAGGCGGCAUACAACAUCAACGAGCGGAUCGGUUUCUCGUCCAACACGAACAUCCCGAAAUACAGAGUCGAGGAUGAGAAGAAGAAGUUGACCAUCGAGGAAAUGAACGCAUAUGAUAUGUACAAGGAUAUUGAGGAGGUGGUUGCGCAGAAGAGGGGGGUUCCAUUUACGGAGAAGUUUAUGCGUGGGCUGCCCAUUGGGUUGAAGCUGUCGAAUGGUGUUACAGUUGGAGAGGAGGCAUGA